AAACAAAGGAGCUGUGUGUCAACCACCUGUUUGCAAGCAAUGGCUACACGGAAACCUACGGCCUAUAUAAAACGAAAUUGUGAAUAUUUUGUCGUUAGGAAGUAAAGAUGAACUGGAGCUGCUGAACAAUGAGAUCAGAAAGAACGCCAACUUGGUCCAAACCAAGUUAAAAUUAAUGCAGAAGAACUGCGCAUCAGAUGAGAACAGAACUAAUAACUCGGUGAGCCAUCGAAUCCAAAGGAAUCAGCACUCACAUCUGACUCGCAGGUUUUCUGAGGUCAUGAAGAAUUACCAUCAGGUCCAGAUUUCUUUCAGAGAGAAAUGCAAAGCCCAGAUUCAGAGACACCUAGAGAUUGUGGGUAAAGUCAUGACGGAUGACGAACUGGAAGAUGUGCUGCCAUGUGAUAAUCUUCCCAUCUUCAUACCCAAUACCAACUUUUCAAGUCAGGCGCUCACUGAGAUCGAAAGACGUCAUCAGGACAUCAUCAGCCUUGAAUAUAGCAUAAAAGAGCUACAUGAGAUAUUUACAGACACAGCCAUGUUGUUGGAAACUCAGGGGGAGUUGAUCAACAGUAUAGAGAAGAAUGUCACCAGCGCUGGAGAAUAUGCAGGUGCAGCAGUAGGAGAAACCAAAAAAGCAAUCUAUUAUUCCAAGAAUAAUGCAUCAAACCUAUCAGACUCUUGGAGAAUUAUUUUUAUCAAAUUUAUUUUGCCUGAAAGCCUAUUAUUCGUGGAGAAUCAUAAUUUGUUUUUAACCAGAUUGAAUAAUUUAAAUGUGUUUUAAAAAUAACCUGUCACUACUAACCUUGCUUUUCAAUACACUUUUAUGUUAAGAAAAUAGAUUUUAGACAGAAAAAUUGGUCCAUUUCCUGACAAUACUUGGGACUGUUUAACUCUCUCUUUGUCAGUAGGUGCCACUGUAACACUGUUGUAAAGGGAGGCUUUGCCUUGUCUAGGGUUUCUUCUUUGAUAAUGUGCUAUUGUUGAAAGAACUCUUUAAACUAUAUUAAACUAAGAUAAAUGUCAAAUUAUAUGGAUGGUGAAACAAAUCUAAUAUUACCGUUCAUAUUUUGGUGCUUUAUAAUUUAAAUAAAGCUCUAAAACUGAUUAUAAAAUUUUAUAAUUUUUUUUAAAUAAAUGCCAAUAAACUUUGAAUGUACACAGAUUUGUUUUUUUAAGUUGUAUUUUAUGUAAUAUGUUUUUUUCUUUUCCCGUUUUUUUUGUGAACAAAGUUUAAAUAAAAUCUGUGAGCAAAUCGUCACAACCAAACCUUCCACCAUCAACAAUGAAACCAGGAAAAAAUAAAUGACAUAAAAUUAUUACUAGGGAAGUAAAUUUAAUGUUUGAAUAUUUUAGAUCCAUAAAAGGUUUGGUGUGAAUUGAUAUUUCGGUAUCUAAUUGUAAACCUACUGUGGUGUUAAUUUUGCUAUUAGUUUUUUUUUUGUCUGGUUUUCUUGUAUUUUAUUUUCUCUCCCCAUUUUAAUUUUAAUC